UUGAUGCUUUUUUCAUUGGCCCUGGUGGAUUUCUAUAAAGAAAUCCUUCCUACUGUGGCUGGGCGCCCAAUGGGCGCUCCGUAAACGUUUGCGGAACGAGCAUGUAAAUCGUAGAAGAUAAGGAAAAGUGUCAGGGCCUGCCUGGAUUGACCAAAGCUCAAGGGCAGCACAGUCCUAGCUUUGGGGUUCUGUGAGACCUGGGCUCAGGCCUGGCCUCCAUCGCGGACCAGCUCUGUGGUGAUCAGCAAAGGCUCUCAGGGUGGAGUGGGGGUCACCAUGAGGACUGGCUGAGGCAAGGCGCGGAGUGUGCGUGGUCCCGCACCUGCCAGGAGGAAAGACGUCGUGGCCGGUGCCAGAGUUGUUUCCCCGAGGCGGUCUCCCAGAUUCACUCCUAACGGGCUCACCGAAACAAGACUAGCUAUUCCCCCUGCCGGAUCCCUCAGCGGCUGGGCACCCGAGGUCCAAGCCCAGCUCAGAGUCCCGGCGUGGGAAGCGGGAGUUUCUGUGUGACCAGAAGUACAGUGAUGAAGAGAACCUGGUGGAAAAGCUCGCGGCCUUCAAAGAGAAGUACAUGGAGUUUGACCUGAACAAUGAGGGCGAGAUUGACCUGAUGUCUUUAAAGAGGAUGAUGGAGAAGCUCGGGGUCCCCAAGACCCACCUGGAGAUGAAAAAGAUGAUCUCAGAGGUGACAGGUGGGGUCAGCGACACCAUCUCCUACCGUGACUUCGUGAACAUGAUGUUGGGGAAGCGGUCGGCUGUGCUCAAGCUAGUCAUGAUGUUUGAAGGAAAAGCCAACGAGAGCAGCCCCAAGCCAGUUGGUCCCCCUCCAGAGAGAGACAUUGCCAGCCUGCCCUGAGGACCCCCAUCUGGACCUGCCCCCUUCCUCCCCCCUAAUCUUGCUGCCCUUCUUGACUCAUUGUGAUUUGUCUUCUUUGUUUUGUUUGGUC